AUGUUGUCGUUUAUACAUACCCUUAUAAAAUAUACUCUAGGAUAUAAAUCGUCCAGCAAAGAUGAAUCAGACGAAAUAAACAGUGUCAUAGCUCGUAUUGAAAAUGCGUAUGAAGAGGAAACACGAAAGGGUGAACGCUCUAAUAAGGACACAAGUUAUAAAAGAGGGAUUAUUACUUUAAUCACCACGGAUUAUUUGGUGGUUGAUGAGUUUUAUGUUUGCGAUGUAGCAAACAUUUCAGUAAAUAAUUUAAAAGUAGGUGACAAAGUCUGUUACUCGCUCUUAAUGGAGCGAGACAACCACGAGGAAAAACACAAAAUAAAAAUUAUUUCUGUGAUAAAUGAAUCGUGGGGAGAUGCAGAGAAUUCGGAGGUAGAUAUUGUCAAACCGCAAACAUUAACAAGGUGUAUAGUUGGAAAAGUUAUGGAACGUAAAAAUCGACUGUUAGUUGUAGAACCUAACAAUAUCACCGUUAACUUAAACAAAGUAGAAUCUGAGUUUAUUCCUGUGAUCGGAGAUUGGUUACAAUUAGAGACAGAAGUAGAGAUUGAUGAAGUUUCUUAUAAUCUAAAUGGAGAAAUUUUAGAGAUAAAAAAAAUACAGCCCCUAAGAUCUAGAUUAGAUGUUGGAACUGUAACUAGUUUUGAUCUAACUAAAGAAAUUGGUGUUAUUGGAAAAGAUACUGUAUUUAAUAAAAGGAUAUGUGAGUCUGGUUACAUUCCUUGUGUUGGCGAUAAAGUAAUAAGUGACAGUAUUGAAAGUGAUCAAGGAUUUUAUACAUGGAGAUCAUUAACAGUGGUUCCGGUACUUCAAGUCUCUAAAGAAGUUAAGUUACCAGUAUUGCAUAAUAUUUCCUAUACAUCAAAAAAAGAUUUAAACAAUCUUGUGAAAAAUAAGCAUGGUAUUGUUAUAAGUGAUGAUUUAAACAUUGAUUUAAAUGUACAAGAAGAAAAAAAUAUAACAAUUACUAUAGACAAUUUAAGUAAUACUACUCAUAUAUUGCACAGAAGUUGUUUCAUGAUAAAAAAAAGCAACUCUCAACUAAGAUUAAUAGAACCAAGUGCUCCUAAUAUAGUUUCAGUAUUAAAUCCUUCUGAUAAAUUAACUUAUAUAUUUAAAUGUACAGCAAAAUUUAUUGGUACAAGCAAAGAAUUAUUUGUUUUUCAUUUUAAAGAUUUCGAAAUUGGACGAAUUUUUAAUAUUACUGUCAAACCUAAAAUUAUACAAAAAAAAUCAUACUAUAAAAAUAAUAAUACUAAAACUAAUUAUGUACUAGACUUGGAUGAAUGGAAUGAAACUACAUACAUUCCAGGCAUUCGUCCAUGUAGACCACCAUCAUUUAUUAAAGUACGAAAUAUGGUAUACAAAGUUCCUAAACAUUAUUGGGAUAUAAUAUCAAAAUGCAUAAAUGAAAGAAAAUCUCAAACUGAGUGUAAAUAUGAUAUAGAAAAUGCUGUACCUUGUUUAUCAAAGAGACUUUCUUUUGAAUCGUACAAAAAUCGGUUUCACGCUUUAUUAUAUUUAGAAGAAAUUGCUCAAAUAAUAAAUAUGCAACAGUAUAAUAUAAAUAGCACAGUUAUGAGACAUUGUGGAGAAUAUUUAGUUAUGGAAGUGCCAGGACUUGCAGAGAAACGUCCCUCUCUCCUUGUUGGUGAUAGAGCUAUAGUGUCUUUCAAAUGGGAUAACUCUCAAGGAAAAUUAAAAUAUGAAGGAUUUAUUCAUAAAGUAACAAAUUUGGAAAUUUUUUUGAAAUUUAAUUGCAAAUUUCAUCAAGAAUAUAAUUAUGAAGAUUGUCAAGUAACAUUUAAAUGUUCACAAUCAGUCAUACAACGUUGUCAUAAUGCAAUUGAUAUGGCUGUAGAUCGUCUGGGUCAGAAUUUUUUGUUUCCUACUCAUGUAAUUGAGAAGGAAUCUCAAUUAGAGCUUGACGAAAUUGAAGAUACGUCAAUUUGUAAACAAUUAACUUAUCAGUGGACUGAUUCUAUAGAUUCACCGGAAUCUUCCGCUAACACAUCCAUAAGUAAUAAAUCUGAUGAUAUGUCAAAGUCAUUUACAAAAAUGUCAGUUGUACAACGAUUAUUUAAUGUUGAACCUAUUGAGAAAAAUAGAGAAAUUACAAUAAAACCUAAUGCAAAAGACGGGCCAUAUAUUGAAACAGAAAAUAAAAUAAAUGUUAUUAAAAAUUUAACAAAUACCGUAAUACAAGAUUCGAAAGACACAUCAACUUCUUCCUGUAAUAUUGAAUUGCAACCAAUUAUUUCACAAGUACGAAAACGAAAGUUGCUUUGGUUUAAUAAAGAUUUAAAUUAUUAUCAAAAGGAAGCUGUAAAAAACAUCUUAAAAGGACAUGCACGACCAUUACCUUAUGUAAUAUUUGGACCACCUGGUACAGGAAAAACUGUUACUCUUUGUGAAACAAUUCUGCAAAUUUUAUCAACUAUACCUGAAAGUCGUUUAUUAAUUGCUACACCAUCUAAUAGCUCAGCAAAUCUUAUAUCAGAAAGACUUCUAGAUAGUGGUAUACUUAAACCUGGUGACAUGGUACGACUCAUAGCUUAUCACUGUUUGAAUAAUGAUUCUAUACCCAGUAAAUUAUUGCCAUAUUGUGCUACUGCAGAAUUAGCAGAUGAAACAACAAUUGAAAAAUUAAAAUAUAAUGAAGUAGGACCAAAAUUGAAUUGUACUAUGAGUGUACUUGGACGUCAUAGAAUUACGAUUAGUACUUGUGUUGCUCUCGGGAUAUUAAAUAAUAUAGGAUUUUCCCGUGGACAUUUUUCACAUGUACUAAUUGAUGAGGCUGGUCAAGCGACCGAACCAGAGAUUAUGAUUCCACUCAAUUUUAUUCAUUCUGAUUAUGGACAAGUAAUUCUUUCAGGCGAUCCACUACAACUCGGUCCAGUUGUAGAAAGUGGUAUAGCAAAGAAUUUUGGUUUAGAUGAAUCAUUUUUAUCAAGAUUGCUACGUCAUUUUCCUUACCAGAAAGAUUCUAAUGGCUUUGAAACAUGUUAUGAUCCUCGACUAGUUACAAAGCUUCUUAUAAAUUAUCGAAGUUUACCAGAAAUACUUGAAUUAUCAAGUUCACUAUUUUAUGAUUCUGAAUUGAAGGCACAGAUAUCUUCGAAAACAAGUAAAGAAGCCAAACUUUUACAAACAUUAGCUACAGAAUUACCAAAGAGAAAGGAUACUCCACCAGCUAUAAUUUUUCAUGGUGUAAAUGGGGAAAAUUGUAAAGAUAAUGAUAGUCCUAGUUGGUAUAAUCCCGAAGAAGCAACUCAAGUGUACCUUUAUUUAUUAAAAUUAUAUAAAUGCGGUCUUUUACCUGAUGAUAUUGGGAUUAUAACUCCUUAUCAAAAACAGGUUCUUCAAAUUCGUGAAUUACUCAUGGAAUUAGAUGUGGAAUUACCAAAAAUUAGUAGUGUUGAAGGAUUUCAAGGUCAAGAGCGUAAUGUCAUCAUUAUUUCAACUGUGCGAUCUUCAUCCAAUUUUAUAGAUGAAGAUAUUAAACAUUCUCUUGGAUUUGUUGCAUGUCCUCGAAGACUUAAUGUUGCAAUUACUCGAGGCCGUGCUUUAGUUAUUAUUUUAGGAAAUCCUACUCUUCUAGUCCAAGAUCCUUACUGGAGAAGUGUUUUAAUAUAUUGUAUCAAUCAAGAUUCUUAUACCGGAUGUAGUUUCGGUUUUCCUGAUAUAGAAAAUUCUUGUAUAGAAACAAAUGACUCUUUUGCCAGUGACAAAAUUAAUAAUUCACGAUGAUUCACAUGACAAUUGUUCAUUAAAAUCUCUUUUAUAUUUAUCGAAAUAUUUGUUAUUAAAUAAUAAAAUUACAUUUUUUCUAAUAUACAUACAGUAUUUUAUAUUC